UCCUGCAUGUCGGAAAGUCAAUCGAUGGUAUUGCAAGGUCUUUCGACUUUGACAAGUUUUUCGACUAUUCGUGAAGAAACUCCUAUAUGACUGAGCCAAAAGAUGGCUUCAUCACUAAGACAAGCUGUUCAUAAGAACCUAGAGUGCCCUGUCUGUCUGGGCUUCUUAAAGGAUCCCAAGAUUCUAACAUGCUUCCAUACCUUCUGCAAGGGUUGUCUAGAAACCGUACUCGAAUGUCAUCAAGAUAAACAAAGCAUUUCAUGUCCAGUAUGCAGAGAGUCCACACCAAUUCCAAAUGGAGACAUAGGUAAAUUGCCGAACGUAAGCACUGCACUGGCAUCCAUGAUAGCUGAUGUGGCGACUCAAGAAAAGGAGCAUACGAACGUCAAAGAUGGGGAAAGGUCUGAUUGCGACGUCACAUUGAAAAGGUCAUGCAAGUGUGAGGAACACUCGGAAGGUGAGGAAGAAUGUUUCUGCGUCAACUGCGGCAAGUACAUAUGCUACAGAUGCGGUGUAGUAGAGCAUGUCCAGGAAGGACAUAAGGUAAAUGAAGCAGAAACACAUAAAAGUGCCGUGAAAACAAGCGUUGAGGAGCUGAUAUCGAAAGCAGAGGCAAGGAAAAGUGACAUCGAAAAACACAUUGCCUGUAUAGCCGAACAACAGGACAAAUGCGAGAUGGAUGAGAAACAACUCCAUGACAAUGUCAACAAAGCUUUUGAAAAUCGGGUUGUCGAACUGAUAGAGCGUAAAGAGUUCCUGAAAAGUGAAGGAAGGCAGGAGCUAAAAGAGAUCAAAACAUCAUUGCUAGGAAUGGAUGGGACAUCUUGUCAGCAGAAAACACGGAUAGACACGCUUUGUGAGUUGGUGAAGAAUGGUCUGCGAGGUCCUCUGCAGAAUGUGGCUCUGAAAGCACACAACACCUUAUGUGAAGAACUAGAACAUCUCCUUAAACACGCAGAACCUGAUCAGGAAGGGCUGAGAAGAAUGAAAGAGCAACGUGAACAUAUUCGCUUUGAAAGUAACAAGGGAUCGACUAAAAAUAUGUUAGGCUAUCUUCGUAUAAAAUGGACAUUGGUGGCAGAUAUACAGAUACGAGCAUCGUACACAGCCAGCAGUAUGAAUAGUUUGGCAGCAUCACCUAACAAUACCAUGUCUGUAGGUUGUCAUACAGGAGGAAUAGUCACCUAUUCUGCACAUGGUGAGAUAGAAGGUACAGUUCUGCAUAAUGUUAAAGUUCGCAGUUUUCAAUAUAGGUCAGAUGGCUGCUACAUUGUGCUAAAUUCUCAGAACAAAAUUACCCUCUACACGCCGAAAGGUAAGAGACUUGAUUUGUCGUUUGUCACGUUGAGUCAUGAAGAGGGUGGAAACGGUAGCUUAACCCAAAAUAAAGAUGGCAACAUUUUCGUAAGUUACAGAAAACGAAAACAGGUACAGGUCUACAAUGCAAAAGGCGGACAAUCAAUCAGAGAGAUUAAUUGUGAUGGUUAUGAACCUCAGCAGAUCUUUGUAAUGCCAACAAGCAACAGGAUCCUUGUGAAGGAUUCAAAUACCGUACGGGUGGUUGAUAGCUUGGCUGGUACCACUCUGCAUAGUAUCACCAAAGAUGACGUUAAUGCAUUCCCGUGUUUGGGUAAGGAUGAUACAGUUCUCAUUGCAUGGGUGAACCAGAGGGAGGGCACGGUGAACAUCUCUCUCUACACGAGUGAGCUGAAAGUUACGAAAGCCAUCAUCGGUCACUUCAAAUUUCCAAUUCCAGAACGACAUUGGUACUAUCUUCAAACAUUCAAGAGCGGGGAGAUUGCCUUCUGCACAUCGGAUAGACUCUUCAUCAUCCGCGAAUCAUCGCGAUGAUCGAUAUUCCUUCAUUCAGUCACCAGCCCUGUGCCUUGGAUAUUAUACAGAAGAAACGCUGCAUGAGGAGGCGCGAUAGCUAAGUUGGUAGAGCAGUGGUCUCGUAACCCGGUGACCCGGGUUCGAAACCAAGUCGAUGCGCUAGUGCCCUUUGGUACGGCUCUAAUCCUCAUUACCAAGUUCCUUCGGAGAGGAUCUGAAACCGUCGGCCGUCUGGUUGCUUACCAACAAGCAUUUAUGCUUUCUUAGCAGUCAGGUAAAAUAACCAAAACCACAACUAACUAGUAGGACUCUCGUACUGUUCAAGUGAUGUUCUCUAAGGUUAGAGUACUAAAGAAUGAUGAGAAUAUCAUGUAAAGACAAAAAACUAACAGAGUAAUACUGCGUAUAGACGGGCUUGAAUUAAUAUCCUGAUAGGAAUGGUUAAAGAUAGUAAAGCAAUUACUUUGACCACGUUAAAUACGUCUGUGUCUCUUGACAGAUUUAUUGGAAUAAAAAGCAGAGGACCAAAGCUAUAGAUAUCUACCUGCAAGAUGUCUGUUUCAUUGUUAAGCGUUAAAAUACAUUUAGACUUAAGUUUUGCCCGAAUAUAAAGUUCUAAUUUCCAAUGAGUGAGAGUGAGUGAAACGACAUUUUUUUGAAUAUGUAAUUUCAUUCUUUAAAAUGUGUUAUAGUUAGAUAAUCCCGCUGCCGGAGUUUGACUUGAUAAAUAUCGUCCCAUAUUUCGAUUUUCUUGUAGCCCCUUUCAUAUUCCACGCGCUUGUAGUGACAACCAUAUGAUAAUAUUGAAUGGUAGAUGUAAGUAAGAGAAGUGAGCGGGAAG